AUGGCUCUCUUCAACUCGUUGAAGUUUGACUGGCGGUCUCACAAGUGGGCUCUCUUCUACUGCCUCGUCUCCUCCAUGGGUGCCCUCUGCUACGGCUACGACAACACGUACUACAAUGGCGUCCUGGCCAUGCAGGAAUUCAAGAACGACUACGGGACUCACCUCGAUGCCGACGGCAACAAGGCGCUCCCGUCCUCCUUCCAGUCGCUGACCGCGUCCUCCAUCUACAUCGGUGACCUGUUUGGUGCUCUGCUGGCAUCGCCCAUCAACGACCGCUGGGGCCGCAAGAUGGUCUUUUGGAUCGCUUCCAUCUGCAUCAUGCUCGGCGGCAUUGCGCAGGUCGCUGACACCAACCACGAGUCUGUCAUCGUCGUCGGCCGCGUGGUCAUGGGUCUCGGUGUCGGCCAGUUCACAGUCACGACCCUGCUGUAUGUUGGAGAGGUGGCGCCCGUGGCCAUCCGUGGACCAGCCCUGAUGUCGUUCCAAUUUCUGCAAUCCGUCGCUCAGCUCAUCGCCUCUGCCAUCACCCAGGGCACCGAGAACAUCAACAACUCCCUCUCCUACAAGAUCCCCAUGGGCGGCCUGAUCGUCCUGCCCCUGAUCAUGUUCCUCGGUCUGCCGUUCAUCCCCGAGAGCCCCAUGUGGUACGUGCUCAAGAACCGCACCGCCGACGCCGAAAAUUCCCUGCGCCGCAUCCACCAGGACCAGACCAACUACGACCCGGCCGAGGACCUGCACGUCUUCCAGGAGACCAAGAGGAUUGAGGAGCAGCACGCCGAGGAGUCCUCGUGGAAGGCUCUCCUGACCGACCCCAUUGAGCGCCGCAAGCUCUUCUACGCCUGCGGCGCCAUGACCAGCUCGCAGGUCUGCGGCAUCCUCUUCUUCUACGUCUACGGCGUCGUCUUUGCCCAGGCCAUUGGCAUCGAGGACCCGUUCCUCAUCCAGCUCAUCACCAACAUCCUGCAAAUUUUCGCCGUCGGUGCCUCCGUCGUCACCGGCAACAAGGUGCCCCGUCGCAUGAACCUGUUCAUCACCAACAGCAUGAUGCUGGUUGCUUUCAUCGUCAUUGGCGGUAUCGGUACCCAGGGAGCGAACCCUUCGACGGCCGCGCAAUACGUCAUUGUCAUCUUCUCCUACUUUGUCAUCAUCGGCUACAACUUUGGUAUCGGUCCCCUGGCCUACACUAUUGCCCGUGAGAUGUCGGUCGGCACGAACCAGAACAAGAUCAUGUCCGCCUCCAUCGUCGUCUUCUACUUUGUCACCUGGGCCAUCUCCUUCACCGCGCCGUACAUGUACUACGACGGCGGCCUCGGCCCCAUGAUUGGCUUUGUGUACGCGGGCACCACGGCCCUGACCCUUGUGUACACCUGGUUCUGCGUCGGCGAGACCGCCGGACGCUCGUCCACCGAGAUCUCCCGCUUCUUCACGGAGCACGUGCCAGUCCGCCAGUGGAAGACGCACGUCUUUGAGUCUCUCUCCGAGAACGAGCACGACAUGGAGAAGAAGGGCCACAGCACGAUCCACGAGACUGGUCUCUCUGACCAUGUGGACCAGAAGGUCUAG